AUUGCAAAUUUGAUUAGGCCAACUGUAUCACAACUCUCUCUCUCUCUCUCUCUCGGGGCUGGAUCAAGAAUCUCAUAUAUAAUUCCUCAACAAUCAACAAGAACCAAGCAACCAAUCAAGUUUCUUGAAUUUCAUACGUUGAAGUCCUUGAAAAGCUGAAUUCAAAUGGAAAACAUAUUGGGUCUACUGAGAAUUCACAUUCACCGGGGUGUAAAUCUUGCCAUCAGAGAUAUGAAAAGCAGUGAUCCUUAUGUUGUUGUCCGAUUGGGCAAACAGAAACUGAGAACUCGUGUAGUGAAGCAAAAUGUGAAUCCUGUGUGGGAUGAAGAUUUGACACUUUCUAUUGCAGACCCAAAUACCCCAAUCAAGCUUAUGGUAUUCGACAAGGAUACGUUCAGUUUCGAUGACAAAAUGGGAGAUGCAGAGUUUGAUAUCAAACCCUUGAUAGAAGCUGUAAAAAUGCGUUUGGAGGGCGUCGCUAGUGGAACCAGAGUCAAAAGCAUAAAACCGAAUCGCGAGAACUGCCUAUCCGAAGAGAGUUGUGUUAUUUGGGUCGAUGGAAGUGUAGUCCAAAAUAUGUUUCUCAGAUUACGGAAUGUGGAAUGCGGCGAGGUGGAGUUGCAGUUGCAGUGGAUACAUAUUCCUGGUUCUAGGGGUUUGUAGAAUAAACGGAGUAAUAACAUAUGUACACCAUGUCUAUUAUUGCUCUCCUUGAUAUAAAAACCAAAUGAUAUUUUUGUUUUUUUUUAAUUGGCGGAA